GGUGUCCUUGCUGCUUUUCUAAACACCACGAAGAGUUUUUUUUAUUUGUUAAUUUUAGUUUUUUAACUUCUCACCUCCACAAUUAUCUCAUUGAUGUCACCAGUUGUAUCAUUUCUGUUCAUUCCCUUUCCUCUGCGUCCGUUUAAUAAAAAAAGAAACAUAAUUAGCAUUUAAAUCUCUUUCCUACAGUCUGUUGCCCUCCUCUACAUCGUUCUCUCUCCCCUCUCUGACUCUAGCAGACUCUACAUGUCUCAGUCACUAAGGCAACCGAUGCUUUUUUUUCUUCCUCACUUGCUUUCUGUAUCCCCCCCUCUCGCCUCCCUCUCUCUCAUUCCCUCUCGCCGCUGCCAGAGAGAUGAUCGGAGAAGAAGAGUCUCUGUGAACAGAGCGAAGCGAUGGAGAGAUGCUCCAUCUCUCCUGUCACACGAUUCGCUGCCCUCAUCUGCCUCCUCCUGACUGCCUUGCUCACACAGCCCUCCACCUGUAAAAGCGAAGAGGACGAGGAGCAGGUGGACUCCCUGUCUGUACAGCUCUCCGUCAACUCCCAGGUCACGCCCACCCCGCUGUGGGCGGUGGUUUGGGGUCCCACGCAGCAGCUGGAUGAGGAUGCCACCUAUCACUUGCUCUCCAGCCAGGAAACCGACCAACUGCACCUCCACAGGAGCCAGCAGGAGGUCAGCACCGUCACACCUGGGGAUUGGGUCUAUCACGAUUCAAGCGUGCAGCCGCAGGAGAAGGCGUCCUUGGAGUCCAGGAACCGGGAGAGAGAAGAGGAUGGAGGGACGGAGGCGGAGGAGACCGAACCAGAAGAAGUGGACCCUCAGUUCUACGUCACCGUGACCAUCUCCUCGGUGCUCAUCCUGACAGCCGUCAUCAUCACAGCCAAACUCUGUUACGAUCGCAGCUGUUCCCAGCAUCCACCCCCGCUUUCCCGUGGUGUGGCCCCCCCGCUGUCCCUGGCGCUCCCCCGCUCCCUUGCUUCGGAGGACAGCAGGCAGACGCUGCACAGCACAUCCUCCUCCUUCACUGACAGGGAGAGGAUCCCAGUUGUGAACCUGUGAGGUGACUGUUUCUGUCCAUACGAUGAACAUUUCCUCCAGGCUCCCGAGCAGCAACGUCAACAGGAACUGGGGGGCGAGCCCACAGCUGUUUUAUUUCGCUCUCCAACUGUGAAACAAAUUCAGGGAUCCCAGGUAUCCAGCCAUCACAAAAGCUCCUCGGCUCCCCUGAGGUCUAAGAAAAAUCCAAGCUCCUCCGACUCGCUCCCUUCCUCUACUUCUUCCUGCUCAGUGUAAAAAUUUAUUUUCAUGUGCAUCACUGUGACCCUGUUUUUGCGCUGUUUGUAUGGCCCCAAGCCAUGCCAAGCUACCCAGCGGCUCUGCGCCUCAGCCUGCCGUGACUAAUUCACCAACAAGCAGUUUAACAGCCAUGCAGCAUCCUUUUACCCCCCCUCCGUCCACCUCUGAGAUGACCCUACACGUGCUUCCUCAGCCAGCCAUUCAGCUGCUCGCUAUCAACACCAACCCAGCACACUCUUCUUGCCGUGAAACGACACGUGGAUCCAGUUCUGUUCAGCAGGCUUGUAAAAUGGUUAACAAAAAGCCAUGCUCAGCAUCUCCAAGAGUUUUUCUCAAAGCUGUUUGGCUGUAGCCAACAGGCAAUGUGUUUAACAUGUCACGCUCCAAAAACUGAUGUUUAUUCUCCCGCUUUGGGUGCCUGAAAUGCAAAUAGUGGGGGACACUGUUCUCUGCAGAUGUAGCCGAGUGUUUUCUUUUGGUCUUUUCCUCAUGAUUUGUUUCCCUAAUUAUUUGGCUGACGUUCACCUCUUUGUCAAACCUUCGCAGGCACGCUUUGUUCCUGUUGGACUGGUGUUAGAAAUGUGUUAUUAAACAGAGUACUUCCAGUGGUGGAGAUAAAAUAUUCAGAACAUGAAUGGACAGAGCAAAAAUGCUGCUGGAAAUGCAAAACAAAGGACAGAUUUACUUUUCCAUGCAAACGAGUGGGCGACCUGGGAUCCUCAGACUAAUCCUGGUGUAUGAUUUUCGUUUAAGCUUCCUUGUCUCUGACAGCUUUGUAUCUCAAUUUGGAAAGCAAAACCUCCGUCAUCAUCAAAUAUCAUCAAAAAAGAAGAAUCACAUCUGCAUCACCAAUGAAUCGGCAUGAAAACAUGAGAACUGCUUAUUAUAAAUUAUACCUAUUUUACCUAUCAGAGGGUUUUCAAAGACACAUUUCAGUUUUUGGUAACUUUUCUUAAGCAGCUUUGAGACAUGAAUCCCACUCAGAACAUUUCCACUACAGAUAUUGUACUGGUGGCAUCAUGGUAGCUCGUGCAACACUUCAGAUAUCCAGUCUUGUGGUUGUUCGUAGCAUUCUUGUAUAAAUUUGGUCUUUCUGCUCAACGUAACUUGAAUAAAAACUCAACACUGGC